AGUUCUUCUUCGUUUCUACAGAGAAAGAUCCAGAAGAGCUCGAAAGCGCCGAUAAGCGAAAGACCGAGGGAAAAGCUUGUGGUCAGAAUAACGCCGGUAUCUAAGUAAACUGGUUUUGUGGAUAGAUUGGAAGGUUGAUUAAGUGUACAUCUUCAACGAUCUACGUCGUCUCCUCUUCUACCUGAUCGUCAAAGUAACUGGUCUCUCACUAGAACACCCAUAAAUGUUUCCUGGUUACAGGAACAUGGAUCCAUACACUCAACACUUGCAUCAUCCAUGGGAGCACAUUCCCUCUCCAUAUCAUUAUUAUCCCAAUUGGGAACCAACACCAAUUCACAUGAAGGCGGACUCAUUCAACCAUCCAUCAUCUUGCGGCCCCUGCCCUUACAAUAAUCAGGUAGAACAUGAUAGCUGUUGCAAUCGUAGUUACCCUACUGGUUACUGCAGCUUCAGACCUCCAUACUUCCAUUACCAGCAUCCACCUCAAAUGCAUUACCAUGGUCCCUAUCCUUCGUACCAAAAUGCCUACCCACCUUUAUUCAUUCCUCCACAUUUUGAUUAUGAUAUAGACAAAAAUCACUGUUGUGGUUGUCCGAAUCAUAAUUCCCAUAGAAAAGAAGGUAGCAAUGUGAAAAUUGAAGAGCAAAACACUUCCCCAACAAUUGAUGAGGGACCAGCGACAACACCAAAAGGCGAUCAAGGUGGCUUGAUUCAAUUCCCUUACAACUAUCAUCCAAUGAUGUGGCAUCCUGAGAACAGUACAACGGAUGGAAAGACUGAAAAGAAGAAGGAAUCACUGCCUAUGCGUAAUUUGAAGGAUAAUCUCAAGGACUUAAGACAGGGACAAGGAGAGAGUGGAACCUUACAAUUGCCUUAUCCAAUUUUUUGGCUGCCUGGUAAUGGCAAACCUGAAGAAUCUGUGAAAGAUAAGAAAGAGAUUGAUACCACUCCAAAAGUUGCUGAAGACUGGCCUUCAAAGUUGAAGAUAGUUCCAUUAAAGCUUUUGGGUAACGAGAAUGCUGUUGAGAAACCAGGAGUUCUGGAGGAAGAGACUAAAACUCAACAAUCCGAGAAAGAAAGCAAAAUUAGGACUAUUCCUGUGAUGCACCUUCACAGUAGCAGUGGUGAGAAGCUUAGCAUGGCUGACAGGCCAGAUGAUCUGCUAAAGAACUCUGUUACGGAAGAGAAAAAGUAUGAUGCUGAAUUAAAGAAAGGUGGUAAGAAGCAGCCCUCACCACAGAAGCCAUCAAAGCUUCCUCCUGUCUGCUUGAGAGUGGAACCCCUGCCGAAGAAGAAUGGAUCAAAUGAGAAGGUUCGUUCUCCAAGUCUACCUAGCUUGAAGGAUAAGGUUAAACCCCAUGAAGGUAAUCUAGCCGAUGCUGCUAUCAGGAAUAAGGAAUCAGACAAUACUACUAAAGAUAUUAAAGUCAUAGAUGUUGAACAUCAACCAUCAGGUGAAAGCGGCAAAGACACAGCUGCAGCAAUUGUUUCUGGGCAAGAUAUGAAAGGUAUUGAAGACCAUUGCGGUGAAAAGGCCAGAAAUGUUGUUACAACUGAAGUUGAUGUGGGUGGAAACAAAGAAGAGGAUAUUCCCAUAAGUCAGCAGCGGAUGAUUGAGCGGGAAAAAGAGAAAGUUGAUACUUCGGAUAAUAACUAUAAGAAGCAGGUGCAGAAAAAAUAUUCACCGGAGGAUGCAGCAUUACUCAUCCAGUCUGCUUUUCGGGGAUUUAAUGUUAGAAGGUGGAAGCCACUGGACAAACUUCAGAAGAUUGCGCAAAUUCGUGGAAAUCUGAAUGAUGUGAAGAGCCAAAUUCAAAAUUAUGAAGGUUCUCCAGAACUGGAUGUGAAGCAAAAAGUUAUUAUUAGUGAAACCAUAAUGAAUCUGCUACUGCAAUUAGAUACCAUCCAGGGUUUACUUCCGAGCCUGAGAGAGAUUAGAAAGUCCGUAGCAAGAGAUCUUGUGUGCUUGCAGGACAAGCUUGAUCAGCUGUACAGCCAAGCCACCAAUGAACAUGAAGAAGGAACUCAGAAGAAAGAUGAAAGCAGCAGUUCUACUACUGAUGUCUCUGAGAUCACUUUAACUCCAGAAGAAAAAGAUUUACCUUCUUCUGGAAGCCAUAUGAAAGAGAAAAUCUUGUCAGAGCAGCCUUCUCAAUACUUCAAAGUAGAGAACGAGUUUCUUCAGGAGAGUGAAGGAUCUCCAAUGGCCUGCCUGCACGAUUCUGAAGCUGAUAAUUUGUCAUCAGCUGAAGGAAAUGCAAGCAUGGUUGAGAAGUACGUGAGCCAAUACGUUGUAGCACUUCCUCCUGAAAUUGAAGUACUUGACUUUGUUAUGAAACAGCAACCUGAUUCAGAUCAAAGUACUAAGUGGAAGGAAAUGCAAGCUUUGAAGGAACAAGAUCUAAAUGAUGUAGAGUGUGAUUCUAAGCAUGAAAACCCCUCUAUCUCAUUAUUAGAGGAGCAAAUUAGGAAUGAGGAGUUUAUAGCGGAAAACCCCAAUGAAGAAAACAAGCAAUCCUUGUUUGAGGUUGUUGCAUUAAAAGAAAAAGCAGAAUCAAAGAAAGAGGACAAUUCAGAUGAAGGCGCAGCCACCAAGCCUGAAGAUGUUACUGUUAUAAGAAAUGAUGGAGCUCUUGAAGAAUUGAAGGCUGCUUUCAAACAUGCUGGCGAGGGUGACAGAUCAGAAGAAUAUCAGCUUGAGCCAGACUCAUUGGCUGCAAUGUAUCCAAUUCAAUCUAGUGAUGCUUGGAAAGAGGAAACGCAGCCAGUGAAGGAAGAUAGUGAAAUUAGCGAGUAUUCAAAUACAGAAGCUAAAUUAUGUGUUAAAUCUGCCGCCAUGGACACAGCAGUUCAGAAUAAUAAUAGCCAUGAAUUGGUAGAAGUUAGCUCUGAAAUUCCAGCAGCUGAAACUAGCACCAUUGUCGGUGUUGAUUCUUUAGAGGUUCUCAAGUCUGGAGCAAUGGACAAUGAAGGGGUUUUACUAGAAGCUUCUGUGUGUGACACUGGCCUGAAGGAAACUGGAUCGUAUUCAAUUAAUGCGAUAGAAAGUGAAAGCAAUUCUAAAGAUUCUUCACAAGAGGCUCGUUCAUGUACGCAACAGGAGAAAUCUCUGCCUGGUGACUUCGUGAACUGUGAAAUAAUCUCUGAAGAGAAGAAACUCGUUGAGGAUAAUGAAAAGCUAAGGCAAAUGUUAGAGAAAUUACUGAACGCUGGACAGGAACAAAUGGGGGUAAUUGCUGAACUGAACGAACGAGUGAAGAAUCUAGAGAAGAAGCUUUCAAAGAGGAAGAAAGUGAAAGUCAAUCAGAAGAAAGUGAACAAAUUUUCGCAUGUUGUAGUGGGCAAAGACAAAGUAAUGUCUUACGAGGAAAAAGCCAGUUCUGCUGCUUGAGUAUAUGAUUUCCCCACCAUACUCCAUCUAUGUAACAAUCUGCAUGUGCAAUAAAUGUCUUCUGUUAUAAAUACUGCAAUGUCUCGCAAUUGUUUAAUGUCAUUAUCUUUUGCAGAAUUUGUUUGCCUAAAGGGCAAUGCUACAGCUAUCAUAAUGUAUACAAAUUAUAAUAAAUAGAUAAAUUAGUUUUUUUU